AUUUCUUUUGAGUAGAAUGCAUUUAUUUCGAAUUUAUUUAUUUAAUCUGGAUUUGCAUCAACAAAAGUCUUGGUGACACCUUCAAACUGAACUAGACUUUAGCGAUCCUCUGUUAUUGUAGAUAUACAGACUUUUCACGCAUUGAAUUUCUAGAACGCGCCUUAAAAAAAUGUAAAUGUUGAUAGAGAAGAUGGCUUUCCGAGUCGUCAGUGACCUUCUACUCAUUUGUUUACUUCAGAUUUUGGUAGGUCAACUUUAUAUUCAAACAAUUUUAUUAUUGACUUCGCUUUUCAAUUCCAUUCUGUAUUUAUGUGUACGAAAGAUAGACUUCCUUUUAAAUCGGAUCUUGAUAUCUUCUUCAUUCAUAUUCAGAACGAUUUCAACGGAAUAUAUGGCUCACCGAAUCGGCGGCUUCAGCGAUCGAAGUCUUUCAAUGGAAACUUACCCUAUCAUGAAAACUCAAUACUACACGAGAAUUUGUUUGGACAGCGUGAACAAAUCCGUGAAUCCUCCCUUGUGGGAAAAACUGCGGGUAAAUCGCAACAGAUGGAGGAUUUAUUCAAACUUAAGGACAAUAGAGAUGGAAAUUCGCCGAUCAACUUGAAGAAAUUGCUAAACAGGGUUUAUCUCGAAGGCAAAUCGACUAAAAAAGUGUAUUCUUCGCAGGAAUCAACGCCAUCAUAUGCUCAAUCUUUUCGAAGAUUUAACAAGGACUAUGUAUUUCGAGCCGUUGUUUACGAUGACAACUCGAACGCUUACGGUAAGUUAACGUAUCUUUAAAGAGCGAAAAAGAAAAAUAUUUUAUUUUUUUAUGAUUAAAAAUAUAAUAAUUUCAGAAUUCUAAUUUUGUGUAAGGGUUAAUUCAGAUUAGACUGAAACUCAGCGUGUCUGUGAUCGAUAGCUGAUUUUCCCUGGGAAAACACGCAUUGGAUAAUGUGUUUCAGACUGAAAUUGAGAAGAGCGAGAUCACUGAGUAAAUCAAAUGGUAGAUUCAUAGAAUUACGAAAUUUUGUGAAAAAGCCUGCGGCGAUUGUAAUAGAUAUAAAUAUACUUCUGUCUACCAAACGAGUGUCGUAUAUUGUGUCUUUUUGUAUGCAAACCGAUUCUCUACUGUGCAGCUGAUAUGGGUCAUUAUUAAAAAGACAAUGAAAUUCAGUUAGCAAGAGGCUAUGACAGCCUACAUAACGCCCAUGGAAUUCACGGGGUAAGUUUUUUAUUUUAGUUCUGAAAAUAACAAGGCGUGCUGAGUUCGUUUUCAAAAUUUUUUUUUUCAUGUUAUUUUUAAGUCUUUGCUAUUUUUGACAUAAAAGUACGUUACAACAAGAAUCAUAUUUAACUAAAACAGUAGUAAAAAACCUGGUUUAUAAAGAUCAGUUGACUCUUUUUUUUCGCUGAGUUUAAUUUUUUUAAUAACAAUUCCACCCAAGCCACUUUCUCAACAGCUUCAUUCGAAAACUAAUCUUUUACUAAACAUUUUAUGUAUUAUUGUUUCUGUUUUUAAUCCAUUUCGGAUUAUUUUGAUUUGCUGAAUAUUGCAAAAAUAUGAUUGGCAAAUAUUGAAUUUUGUUGGUGCAGUUACGGCGAAAAAGUCAUAUUGAGUUCAUGAAAUUUAGAUAAAGAGAGUAAAAUUGUCGAAAAGACAGACUUUGUAGUUUAAGAAUGCAUCAGAGCUCAAGAAAUGUCGUACGGAAAUUCUCACAAGUCACUGUUUUGAUCUUCAAUGGAGAAUAUUGCUUUUCGUCGGAAAAAGGUAUACCAGAAAUGUUCUCAUUCCUGUAAUAUUCACUAAUCAUGAUUUUAAUACUCAAGCCGGUUUUUAAGUGUAAUUCAGGGUGGGAAAUCUUUUAAAUUAUAGUAUCAAAGAAAAAAAAUGUGAGAGACCCCUCGCAGAGAAAAAUACCAUAACGGUGAUAGGUUUAAAACGAUCUAAAAGAUAUAAAACACUCAUUAUAUACAACACGACUGGAGAAAAUCUAAAUUGGUAAGCAAAAUCUGCGGGAUAAUUUUAAAGCAAUUUUGGCCGCACCACAGAGGGGAAAACAGUGCCGGCAAAUCUCAGAAGUUUCCUUGCGAUUGAUUUUAGCGAAUUCCCGCUACUUUUGCCGAUCUUGGAAUUUUGUCAAUGGAAAAUCCUUGUGAGUAUUAGCAUGUUUCCAAUGAAGGACGGAUCAGUUGUUAAAUAUAAUUUUUGGUCAUGAACAUGUUAACAAGGAACCAUUUGAAUGAAGAAAAAUAAUAUUCAGUGUGAAUACUUUUCAGUUAGAUUUACGUCUGGCUUUCUAAGUUCCUGAUAGCUUUUCAGCUUUCAAAUCUCUACGAAAAAAAUUAUGAGUCUUUUUUUCAAACGGAAAACUCUUUUAUCAACAAGAAGUUUGAUAUAAUAGCUGUGUUUGACGUAAUGAAAGCAUUAUGAUUGUACGCGAACCGGUGAAAACCAUUCACGCAAUAAUUGAUGAACGGUAAGUACGUCAUUCAACAUGGCUUUCUUUAAUAGUAAGAGCACGAUCAACACACCACUCAAUAAAUGGCUUAUAUUUUUCAUGGAUCUUUCACCUUUUCACGCAAACCGACUAAUCUUGAACAAAUUGCACACCAUAUUGUCUGUUCGCGGUUUUGAACCGCACGACUGAAAGCUAAGAUCUGCUUUAAUACGUGAUAUUUUUAAGAUUUUCUGAUAGAUUACUUCUGAUAUUGCAUCUGAGGUAUUUUGGAAGCAACAAUUUCACAAGCUUUCGCGUUCCAUAUAUGCACGACCUUUUUUUUUAAGAGAAUGCAAAAGACUUAGAAAGAAAUAAUGAAAGACAGGAUCUAAAAAUUGAAUUAAAAUCUUAUUUCUCGCAAGAAUAAGGUGGAUAAUUCGAAGACGAAAUAUUUUGACUAGUAGCCAUUAGGAGGUUAAACUAACUGACAUAUUGUCUGCCAAAAUAUAGAAGAACGAUUUUCAUAACCUUCAACACUUAAAGAAAGGCAAAUUAACUUUUUUUUCUUGCUCCGAAUCCCAGUUAUUCUUGCAUCUGUACGUUUCAGAGAUCAACUUAAGUUGUUUAAUGAAUUUUCCUUUUUAAUAAAAACAAAGUGUAAAACAGAAUGUACUAUUUCUGAAAAAGAAAAAAAAAUCUGCAUAUCGUAUGUUAUGUCUGUACUGUCUUACAUGACGCCCCCGUUCUAAUUGAAAAUACAGUAAUGUGAGAAGCUUGCAUUAAGAUUUUCCAAACCUUUGGAGAAAGAAAAUUAAAAGCGUUUUUGAAAGUGUAGAGCAAAUAUUUCGCUUACUUCUUGAAACCUUUAGUUUAUUUUUAAAUCAUGAAGGACUAAAAAUUUAAUUCAAAACAAAUGAAACCAUGAAUUUGAGAAAAGAUAAAAUUUUAAAUUCUGACGCUUUCCAAUGAUAAAUGAUUUCGCAAUUUUUAAAUGAGUAUUGUGUUUAUUGUCUUCCACGUUGCUUGGCCUUUUGGCACAUUUUUCACCAGCUUUAAUCUAUUUUUCCCUUUUCAAAUGAAGUUUAUCUAUACCAUUCAUCCUGUUUUCAGGGUGUCAGGUUUUAUAAAGGAAUGUCAGAGCUAGAAGUAAAUAAUAAAAUUAAUCUGCCAAGUUAUCAACAAAAAGUUAUCGGUGAAAUAUUCCUAUAUUUACCGAAGAGAUAUCAAGUAAAGAAGGAACAUCGAAGGAAGAUCCAUAAUUUUGAAAUUGCCCACGUCUUUUCUUCUAAAUUUUGUUAUCCUUGUUGAAAGCACGACAAAAUUUCCGAUUUGAAUGGAAGAAAGUCUUUAUUUCAAUUAAUUUCUUUUCCACUUCAAGAUUUCUUUGUUUAAAGGAUAAAAGAAAAGUAUAGUUUCGUGUAAAUCGGAAUAUAUCUCAGGAAAAUGUCUUCUUUUGCCAGCUGAAAUACUACGUAGUGGUUUUGUUGACGUCAAAGCGUAUAAUUUGUUUUUGAUGGUUUGUGAUAAAUUGGCAUAUGUGGCAACACCCGGUCGCCUGGGCGUAUAAUUUUAAGUGUUUGUUGGUGGGAGGUCAAAUAUGAUCAUUCACACAAUUAGCAUUAAUUUUAGACUUCGAGAGUGGAAAAAAAACACUGAUAUUUAAUCUAACGAUUAUAAAAAUAUUGAGUAUUACAGUGUCUGAAGUGUCUGAGAAAAUUAAAAUUGUGUCGAACCUAAUAUGGUACUACAUUAGUAUGUUUUAUUUCGUUCUCUUAUUGGUUAAGAAAACUCUCGACGACCCCUGAAAACAUACACGACAUGACAUGGCCACUCCUGUUUGCCCACGCUUCAAGCAUUACUUUUAUAAGAGAUUUUCUUGCUCUCUAUGCGGUGGAUCUUACUUAAGUGGUGUAAUAAAACCCUCUGUACUGUUUCUCAUAUUCCACAUAGUAAUUCCUACUUUUACGUGUACAGAUAAAACUUCAGUUUGUGACCAAUAAAAUUACAAAGCUCGUGUGCAGAGCUUUCAUAUCGACUCUAGGAUCUUUGUAAUUUUGUAAAGCGCUUAUCGACUGAGUUUCGUAAAAAAGCAAAACCAAAGAAAUUAAACGACCAAUCCAAAGGAAGAAAAUACCCUAAAGCGCCAAUGAAAACUCGAAAUAAAAAACAAACCAACCGCCAGCGCCAAAAGCGCGGGAAAAUGUGGGUAACCAGUAAUUGCUUAGGGUUAGUUUUGCAUGCGAUUGGUUGCAUGCCAUUGGUUGCAUGAAAAAGUGGGGCGAGUUUUCCAUACCAAACACAGAACGAAGUUACACAAAACAAAUGCAAUCUUUGAUUACUUUCCACACUCAACUGAAAACUGCUAUGGCGCUUUAAAAGGGGUGGAACUUUUUUUAGACACUUUGCUAUCUAUUAGGGGAUCGUAAAAUCUCUUUGCUCAUUUUUCAACAGCAGUAGUGUACUCUCCAAAGGAACAUUCAGAAACUAAUUGGUACAUCACCUCUGUGGCCGGGGCCGUCAUAUUGGUGGUUGUUGUGGCCCUCUGCGUCCAUCUCCCUUGGGGUUGCCUGUGGAGGCGCCAACGAAGUGAACAUGAUGUCGGUUGUCCCAUUACAGCCUCAGAGAAACGAAUAUGCGGAAAAUGCAUGCUGCACAGAGAUGCCACGAAAACCAUGACCUAUAGCGAAAAACCGCAUCAAGCCAGCGUUACCAUGGCUACUAGUGACAGACACUAUCGAGCAGGUUCAGGAAACUUGUAUUCACAGGUAGAUAUCUUUAACUCAUAUUAUGCUUUCUCAAUGCUGAUUUCUUAUAAGUCAAACGGGUACUGAUCGAAAAAUGAACUGAAGGAUUAAGUGACUAUAACUGACUUUCUCUCUGUCUGACCGAGAGAUUGACUACUGACAAACCAACUAAAUAAAGUCACAGCCCACUUGAAUGACCGAGUAAGUGACCGUCUAAGUGACCAACGGCUGAAUGACAGAUUGUGAGUCAGUUUGAAAAAUGAUGAACUACUAACUCGCUUUGCGAUUGACUAACGGUUCAGCAAAUCUUCUCAGUAAGUAGGAUGCCUGUCACAUAUCAGCCUAAUAGUGGCCUAAUUUCACUAUAGAGGUCUUUGUAGCUUAUAUGUCGAGAAUUAGAGCGCGGAAUUCGAUGGCAUGGCGUUAAUUCGAUUCCUCGCGGAAAAUCAGUUUCUCUUUGUUUUACGCUCGUGACAAAACGAAUGACAUCUUUCGAUAGCAGCUAGUAUGUUUAAAGAAAUUAAAGAAACGGAAGGCAUAAUCUCUACCCUUGUUUACCUGUUUGAUUUUUUUCCACAGAACUCUUUGCCGCAUAACAAUAAACAAUCUGGGAAAUUAAAUCAAGCUAAAAGUAAAGUAUCCAGCUUGUUUAAGGGAUCGCAUGGAAGCCACUCCUACGAACCCGCGAAAUAUCGAUAUAAACGUCUCAGAGCUACAGAAAAAGAGGAAUCACUGCACACCAACUAUGAACCUGAAUGGACGAGUAUCGGUGCGUUCUUAAAUCGAAGACCCAGUACUUACGGAAGCACUAGAGAAUCUAAGGAGAAAUUUGUGGAUCGCUACGGAAGACGGUCACGUGAUUCACUGGACGCAGACGACGAAGUGGUAGAGUAUGCCCUUAAACUCCGCCCACGGAGACGUCAGAUGAUAGAGCUGCAAGAGUUCCCCCUGGGAUUCUCGAAGAGCUAUCUAAACAUCGAUUUAGAGUCUGACCCCGGGGUUGUUUUUGACCCGUGCCGGGAUCAAUUGUUCAGGAAGAAGACUAAGGCCCCCGACAGAUUGACUUUCUCCGACUCCGAUUUAAGAAAGCUUUCCUGUAUGGACAAACUUGGAACAUACAAUGAUUCAGAAAAUCUGUUUGAUGGUGGAAAACGAAGGAAGAGCAGUUUGAAAACAAGAUCUAGAAAAGGGAAAGGAAAUGCAAAAGUGGUGACUUUCUUUCCAUCCAACUUAAGCUACGAUGCACAAUUUGUUCAAAUUCCUCCAAGAAGUAAAAUGGCGGAAACUGAGGAGGGAGAAUUCGAGAAACGUUUUAUUGCUCCUCAUCGCGAACCUCAUGAUGGUUUUAAACGCGUUGACACCAAGGCCACGCCCAGCUUCAACCAGACCAAGGCUGUUUAUGAUGAUCUGGCAAAAAUCGCUGGAGACACAAAAGAUGAGUUUCCUUUUACUGACGGCCAAAAGGCAAAAAUCAAAGAACAUGCCAUAGAUUGCGUCACGCAUGCGCAAAGUUUCUACAUGGAGGCUAAGAGAGAUGAAAUGCUACAGGCACGUGAGUGUGCCAGCUCCUACGUAAAUUACGGCUGCAGAUCUUCCACAGAAGUAUUAACUGAAUCUAAAGAAAAACUACCUAGAGACGAAGAAAAUGAACGAGAUUUGACUAAUAAUUUUGAUUCGUUUUCAAGUUCAUUUUCUGAUUUGCGUAAAAAUGAUCUCGGUUACAAGCCGGAGCCAUUAGCUGGAUUGCUCUCCCCAGUUCGCAGAGCUAAUCCAAAGGGAGGUAGCAUAAAGGGUAUUAUGACGUCACAGGCUGCGGGAGACUUGGUUUGUGUUAGUUCAUACGUACAACCGCUGAGUAUGAGGUGCUCCAUGAAAGCAGUCUCCAUGUCCAAUGGAUGCAAUAUCUAUCAGCCUCAACUUGAUGAUACGAGGCCAUUUCAAUCCAACAAAUCACAGAGUGACUUUGAACAGGAAGUGUUGUUUAUGGAGAAAACUUCAUGUUAUGAUAACCUUCAGCAAUAUCCAGUAAAGGAAACGAGAACUGAGAGCUGAAAGGUUGUAUCAUGAAAUCAUGGGCUGCACUAUUGUUUUUGCGAAAAUGUGAUUGUCAGUGACUUGACAGUUUAGACCAAAAUCAUUUCUGGCCAUAAGGAUUAUUGUUUCCAACGAAAAAUUUCCAAUUUCAGUGGCUAUUUUAGAGGAGACCUCUUUGGCCACGAUCAGAUAAAAACGAUCAGAAAUUUGAAAAUUUAGGAUCAAAUUGGCAAGUUUGACAAGUUCUUUCUCACCAGGUCUGGCUGAGACUAAAUGAGAUUUAACGACAAAGGAUCAUGAACGUAUGCAUCUCCCAAAGCUCGU